AUGCCGUCUACACAAACAACAACAACCACUGAUGCAACAUCAGUAGCAACCACAAGAUUAUCCACAGGUCAUGUUGAAUUAUGCCCACAAAAAAUUCAACAGCUGGCCGCUCAGUCAAGGGGAGAACUUUUAGCACAGUUUGGACAAAAUUGCUACGAAAUCGUUGACUCAGGCGUAUCAUGGUCUCACGCGGAGUCAAUUUGUAAAGGUCAUGGAGGGCACUUGAUACACAUAGCAAACCAGCAGGAACAAGAUUUUAUUUUUGAUUUUCUUGUAAAGCACCAUACGCACACAGUGUGGUUGGGUUUGCAUGAUAGAAACACUGAAGAAAGUUUUGAAUGGACGUCAGGCAAUGCUGUUACGUUCGAAAACUGGAAGCCUGGACGAAAGGAUUAUCGUUAUCACAACUCUGAAGAUUGUGUAUUUAUGACACCAACUACAGUGGAAUGGGACGAUAUACAAUGCGGUGGUGAUAACGGUCUAUCGGAAAUAAAACAGGGAAUUCGCCAUGCGUUCAUAUGUCAAUAUGCCGCAGUUACUCCACCAAAUCCAAUUAAUGCUGGUAACAUUAACCUGUGUCCACAAAGACUUCAUCAACAAGCACAGAGAGACCAUGGCACACUUGCACAGCAUGAUCAAAGUUGUUACGAACUGGUUCCAAAUUCAAAAGUUUCUUGGCAUUAUGCUGAACAAAUUUGUUCUUUUAGAGGUGGACAUCUUGUUUUUAUAACUAGUUCACAAGAACAGAAUUUUAUCCAAAGUUUUAUGAUGAGUCAUUUCCCAGAUCAUUCUGUUUGGAUUGGUCUCACAGAUAGACACACGGAGGGACAGUUCCAUUGGGGAUCAGGUUGA